AAAUAAUAACUAUAAUAACUACUCACGAACGAUUGAAAAGGUUCCCAUAACGUUAUUUUUUAAGGUUUGUUUUUGGUUAGCCAGGAAAGUUUUCUUUACGGAAAUAGAACGUUAUUUUUAGGUUAUAACAACGUUAUGGAAACGUUAUUUUAUGGUUCCAAAAAAAUAACCAAAAAUAACCAUUAAAGAACGUUGUGUAUAAGUUAUUUUUAGGUUAUUUAAAAAUAACCACCCUGCAACGUUAUGGGAACGUUAUUUUAUGGUUGCAAAAAAAAAGAUAACCAAAAACUAACGUUAGGGUAACGUUCUGUGUUUGCUGGGUCUCUAUAGGCCACACAAGACAUUUUUGCAUUAAAAAAUGUCUUUUUAUUUUGUCAUAUACUGGGAUGGGUACAUUAUGAAAGAGUUUUUAUUUUUAUACGGUAUGCAAUUUUCUAAACUAUUACUUUAUAUGUAAUCUAUUUAAGUUUCUGUGAUUUUUUUGACCCUUGGCAACCAUUUGCUUAAUAAUUUUAUGAAAAUAACAGAUUGGUUUGAACCCUAUAGACAAUAAUUUUACCAUUAUUAUUGCUAAUCUUAUGAAAAAAUCUGCAAUUUUCCAUGCAUUUCAUAAUACAGUUAUUAUAUUCAACGUAUAAUUUGUCUGUCUGCACAUCUUCCAGAUGACUGACCUCAGUAUGAGAGCACAUGUAACAUUAAGAGAAUUGCUUUAGGGUGGUACAUGGCUGUCAGAGCAACACUGGAGGAUCAAAACUGUGCCAUCUGAUGCUCAGGGAUUUAUGGGUUUAGGCAAAAUUGCUUUUCCCAGUGUGGAGAUUAAGCUGUGUAGGAUGUUGACGGGGUAGAUCCCUGCAUUCUUUCUUGGCUUCACUACUAAACAAAUAAUGUCCAGAGAGCGAUGUUUGGUGGCUUGCAUGGGUUUUAAAGUGUCCGGAAACUAAACAUUGGGGUGUUUGUGCUAUGAGCACCACCAUGCAGCUGGAAACUUUACUUCUCUUGUUUGUUUGUAUCGGUCUGGUGAGCACUGCAGGACAAUUAACCCUUAAGAGAGGUCAGAAACUGGAUACCUACAAGCAAAGCAGAUUACAGAGAGAAACGAUUGUGAAUGGACCGAGUCAGAAGUCUGGCAGCCCAAUCUUCAGAAGAAGUCCAGACAUGACAAAAUCUCCUAUGACCAAAUCCGAGCAGCUGUUGAGAAUCGAUGAUCACGAUUUCACGAUGAGACCGGCGUUUGGAGGACCUCCAAUACCUGUAGGUGUAGACGUUCAGGUGGAAAGUCUUGAUACCAUCUCUGAAGUUGAUAUGGAUUUUACUAUGACGUUAUAUCUGAGACAUUACUGGAAAGACGAGCGUUUGUCUUUCCCCAGCACCAACAAUCAGAGCAUGACGUUCGACAGCCGUCUGGUAAAGAAGAUCUGGGUGCCCGACAUGUUCUUUGUUCAUUCCAAACGCUCUUUUAUUCACGACACGACAACAGACAACGUGAUGUUACGAGUUUAUCCUGAUGGAAAUGUCCUGUACAGUCUCAGAGUCACCGUCACGGCCAUGUGCAACAUGGAUCUGAGUCGAUUUCCUCUGGAUACACAGACGUGCUCUUUAGAGAUCGAGAGCUAUGCGUACACCGACGAUGACCUCAUGCUGUACUGGAAGAAAGGCAACGAGUCUUUGAACACAGACGACCGAAUUUCUCUUUCUCAGUUUCUCAUCCAGAAGUUUCACACCACAACUAAACUUGCAUUCUACAGCAGUACAGGCUGGUAUAAUCGUCUCUACAUACAUUUCACACUCCGUCGACACAUCUUCUUCUUCCUGCUUCAGACGUAUUUCCCAGCGACGCUCAUGGUCAUGUUGUCCUGGGUGUCUUUCUGGAUUGAUCGCAGGGCUGUGCCUGCCCGAGUUCCUCUGGGCAUCACAACAGUUCUUACGAUGUCUACCAUCAUCACAGGAGUGAACGCCUCCAUGCCCAGAGUGUCAUACAUCAAAGCUGUUGACAUUUACCUGUGGGUCAGCUUCGUCUUCGUCUUCCUCUCUGUUAUCGAGUACGCGGCUGUGAAUUAUCUCACAACGGUGCAGGAGCGCAAAGAGAGGAAACUCAGAAAUCAAUUACCAUGCACGUGUGGAAUAGCUAACCCUGAUGAAGAUAUUAUGAUGACCACGUGCUACAACGACGGGGACCCCAACACGAUGGGAAGUUACGGGAUGCCAGAGAACGGAGGUCGACCGGAGAGGAUCGUGGCUCAGCUGACGCGGGCUGACAGUCAGAGGACGGGCCGAGUCAAAUCCACUCGGGGUUACGUCAACAUUUGGAUAGACACUCACGCUAUAGACAAAUACUCUCGAGUGAUCUUUCCUGGAGCUUACACGCUCUUCAACAUCAUCUACUGGUCAAUCUAUUCCUAACUACUAUAACAUCACUCCAUCUGAAGAGAUUAUAAAGAUAUAAAUACACAAGAACUAUUAUUAGAGAACAUAUCUCUGCCUUUAUUUGAUUCAGAACUCUUUUAUAUCUCUGUGUGUUGUAUGCUUUUAUUAUGUAACAAUGUCUAACCACCAAUGUUUACAGAAAUAAACAGCAAACAAUUUCCAAAUAA